AUCAUAUUUUCUUGCAUAGUUCAAAACUCAAUCUACGUGACCAAAAACGAUAAAGGUACAAAAGUAUAUAGAGAAACUUAAGUUUCAAGGUUAUAAGCGUCUAUAUCGUAAAAUCGAUUUUCGAAGAAUCUUGAUCAUCAUCAUCAUCAAUGGCAUUUUCAGAGCCAGUAAUUAUAUGCAAGAAGCAUCCACAACACAAACAACAACCAGGAGUAUGUUCAUGUUGCCUAAGAGAAAAGCUCUCAAAGAUUAAUGGUACAACAACUACUACUACAAUAUCUUCAAUAAUACCUUCUUCAUUAUCCUCCUCUGCUUCCUCCUCCAAUAAUACCUCGCCACCUGGCGGGCUUGGACAUCGUCGGAUCACGUCCGACGUAGCUGGCGGCCACUACUCAUUCGUUACGCUAGCGGCCGCCGGCUCUGGAGGAGGAGGUGGUGUAGGAGGGGGGUUGAAGAAGAGUAGGUCAAUAGCAUUUGUUGCUAGAGGGGGUAGAGUUGGAAUUAAUGGAAAGAAAAAGAAAGAAGGGUUUUGGUCAAAGUUGAUUAAGUCAACAGGGAAAAGAACCAAUAGGGUUAUUGCUCAUUGAUGAGUUGAAUUUUAAUAAUUUUAUUAGGUGGAAAGUUAAUCAAGAAAAUUAUUAGGCAAUGAGUUUUUUUUGUUUCCCACUCGAUGUUCAGUGUUCAUAUUGGAGCCUCGACUAAUUUAGAUCACGCAUUGCAGAUCUCAUUAAGGAGGUAUAGCUCCCAACAAAAUUUUCUUCGUACUCAGAUUUCGAACUCGAGAGCUCUGAUUAAGGGUGGUAGGUGAAUACUUUGUAAUUUAGUGAAUUAUUUGUAAUUUUAGGGUUGGUAUAUUUGCACGUGUAAUAGUACAAAAGAGAUAAAGAAGAAUCAUUUGAUUUGAUGUAUUUUUUUUAAUGUCAUUUUGUUUGCAUAGUGUGGUACUUAUACCAUGAAAGGAACAUAUUCAUAUUUGUGAAUAUAAUUUUGAUUAUGAUAAAUAAAUUGUGAAUGUUGAUAGGAAA